AUUGACGUUAUUGAAAGAGAAUGAAUAUUAUAGUCUUGAUCAACAGAAUUACGGUGCAUACUGUACUCCUUUAUUGUGCAUUGUGUUCCUGCAAUGCCAUUUCUGUGAGACAGAGUUAUAAUCGUACGAAUGCCGUUUCACUGAUUGACCCAUGUAAUGACUUCUAUCAAUAUGCUUGCUCUGAUUGGAAAAAUAAUCAUGCUGUUCCAGAAGGCGAGUUGAGCAUCACGAGCAUAUUGCAAAUCCAAAAUAAUACACUUCAUGACAUCUGGAAAAUAAUUGCGAAUGGAUCGUAUUCCACGAACGAUACUCGGCUAACUACUGUUCGUAAAUUCUACAAAUCCUGUGUGGACCAUGGAAAUAGAACUCUUCAGCAGACUAGAAGACAGGCAAUUCAUUUGAUAAGAAAAUCAUUUGGUGGAUGGGAUUUGUUGCCGUCUUCUUCUCAACAUCUAUCGGAAACAGUAACGCCAGAACAAGAAGUUGACGAUUUCAGCUUAAAUGAUAUUUACUAUCCAAGUCUGAGCAUAACAGGAGGUUGUCCUUUAUUUUCCAUUGAUAUUAGCGUGGAAAACCUAGAGAUUCAGAUUUCAGAUGGAAAAUUCGCUUCGUAUAAGGACGCUUGUGAAACAGAGGUGGAUGCUGCAAAUAUUGCUCCAAAGUAUUACGAAUAUGCAUAUAAACUGGGAGUAUCUCCAACCGAAAAGAGCAAGUUGAAAGCUGCUUUUGAAUUGCACACACGCUUGUGCCGUAAUCUGUAUUUUUCAAAGAAAUCUGACCUUACUGAUUAUCAUAAAGAGGUUACAAUGAAUGAAUUGAAGUCAAUCUGUCCAUUGAUGGAUUGGGAUCAGUUGUUUGCAAAAUUGUUUCGACAAAUUGGAUUCGAACAUUACAGAUCAUUCUCAAUAAGUAUUGCGGACACAACAGCGCUGCAACAUCAGUGUGCCUUACAUGAAAUUGAACUGUCAACGCCUACUGGUAAAAGUACAAUUCAGAAUAUGGCUAUCAUGGACUUCAUGGCAUAUCAGGCUAACACUAUUGAUUUUGAGGUGGAAAGUUCAGAAAGUGCAAAUGCCGAGAUGGACUCACAGCUGAGGCCGAAAUUCUCGGCGUUUUGUAUCAAACGAUUGAGAGAUAUAUUUCCAUGGACUCUUGAAAGACAUUACGUUGCUCAGUACUUAAAAGAAAGUCAGCGAAAUGAGGUGCUCAAUAUGGUUGACGAAAUCAAGAAGACUUUAAAUGAUUCAAUUGAAGAGCUGGCAUGGUUGAGUGACGAAAUGAAGCGCUUCGCAACUGACAAGAUUUCGAAGAUAAAAACUUUCGCUUUGUUCGAUGGUAUGGAAACAUAUGAAGAGAAAGAAAACCUUUCUACUAUAUAUCGAUUACAGGAUCGAAUUCGUGAAAAUAAAUACAUUGUAAACGAAUAUUACGCUCUCAAGGCAAAAGUGCUCGACACUUAUCGAAAGCCGUUAUUCGGUCUACAAGAAAAAUUGGAUUCGGAAAGAUUAACCUAUAUACCCACAGCCUCCUAUUCGCCCACUGAAAACCGCAUAUCGAUUAAUGGUGCCAUUCUGAAUCUACCGAUUUACCACGAUAAUCAAACUAUUUACGAAAAAUAUGGUGGAUUAGGUUGGCAUAUAGCUCAUGAAUUAUUGCAUGCUGUUGAUACAUCCGGUAUACUUGUCGAUGAGAAUGGAUCUCAAAGGCCUUACAGUACAUCCCAUCAUGAAUUUCUUACAAUCUUGAAGCAAACAGAAUGUCUACGCAAACAAUACAAAAACUACAAUUAUACGAGUGAAAAGAGUGCAACAAUUGGAAGUCAGGACGAGAUUCUCUCAGAUAACGGUGGUCUGAGGAUAGCAUACAAGACACUUCAAAGACUGACGAGAAACUUUACAAAUGGUGCUGAUGAAAACACGAACUCCUCUUUAACUUCCGAACAAUCGUUUUUCCAUAACUUUGCUCAGAUAUUUUGUGAAAAGUAUAAUGCAGAUGGACUAAUUAAACACACAAGUAACGUUGAUCACGUAUUAGGUCAUUAUAGAGUAAUCGGUGCUUUGUCAAAUAGUGAAAAUUUUGCAAGAGCAUACAACUGCCCAUUGGACUCACCAAUGAAUCCAAGUGAAAAGUGUCAAGUGUGGUGAAUAAAUUAGUGAUCACAAUGAACGCAUAUAUAAUUAUAUGUUCAUGUUCUAAUGGAAAAAGAAAUUGAAUUGUAAUCCCAUUAAACUUUGCUUUAUUUUCACCAUAAUAUAUUCAUUUGAGUGAACUUGAUUUAUUGAAUUACCUUUCUGUAACUAAAAUAUAAGCCGUUAUCUUCG